AUGGCGCCUCCUUCAUUGCCUCACGAAAAGUCAACUCAGCCAUUCUGGCUGACUGCCCCGGAGAACCUGCAUGACUACCGUUCAACCGAGUCACUCCCUAAUAAAGUCGAUAUUGUGAUCGUUGGAGGGGGGUACUGCGCCGCGGCCCUCAUCACUCACGUACUGGAACAAUCCGGACAAAAUCCGCCCUCUAUCCUCGUGCUCGAGGCAAGACAACUUGCCUCUGGGGCCACAGGCCGAAAUGGCGGACACAUCAAGCCGGAUCCUUACUGGCACGCAUCGCAUUUGGUUGAACAGCACGGCUUUGAAGCAGCAAUGGAAUUGGCCCAAUUCGAGACAGACAAUCUCAAUGCUGUCAAAGCCUACGUCGAGAAGGAGCGUAUUGAUUGUGAUUUGAUUGUCACUCGUUCGUGCGACGUCCACUUCAGUCACCAACGGCAUGACAAAGCCAAGGCCGCGCUAUCCAAAUUUCAAGCUGCCGGUGUUCGAGCGAGCCAAGAUGCAUUCGAAGUCGGGCCAAAAUACGCAGAGACAGUCUCUGGUGUUAAAGGAGCAAAAGGUUGCAUCACCUUUCCUGCUGCCCACCUGUGGCCAUACAAAUUGGUCCACCAUUUAUUCCAACGUGCCGUCAGACUGGGAGUUAACCUACAGAGCAAUACGCCUGUUCUGAAAAUUGCUGAUUCACCGGACUCAGCCGGGCGAUGGACCUUGGCUACCGCUCGAGGCAAGGUAUCCGCUGCCAAAGUUGUGGUUGCCACGAAUGCCUACACUGCGGCCUUGCUGCCAGAGUACAAAGAUCAGAUAAUCCCAUAUCGUGCAACAAGCUGCCAUAUCACGACCUCAGGAACUGCCCCGUUGCUAACAAACACGUAUGCCUUGAGGUUUACGGACUGGGAUCACGAUUACUUGAUUCCUCGACCCGAUGGCAGUAUCAUUGUUGGCGGUGCUAGAUCAGUGUACUACCACGACAAGGAUGCUUGGUAUAAUAACAGCGAUGAUAGCACUCUUGUGGAAGAGGCUCGCAAGUACUUCGAUGAUUACAUGCAACGCCAUUUCAUUGGCUGGGAAGAUAGUGGUGCACAUGUGGAGAAAAUUUGGACAGGCAUUAUGGGUUAUUCCCGUGACAGACUACCUAGAGUUGGACCAAUCCCAGGUAGACAGGGCAUGUUUAUAAUGGCAGGUUGGACAGGCCAUGGGAUGCCUCAGAUCUUUUUGAGUGCCAAGGGCAUGGCAAGUAUGAUUGUUGACGGAAUAUCCUUUAGAGAGACCGGAAUUCCUAGAAUAUUCGAGGAGACUCAAGAUCGCUUGACGGAUGCUCGAAAUAAGGUUCUCGAAACCUGGGAGGCUGCCUUUCAACCCAAGCUUUGA